AUGAUAGCCGAUAGUUUGCUGAUCAUUUUCAUUUCCAUAUGUACAGCAUUUAUUGGAGAAGGGCUGACCUAUUUGCUGGUUUACAAGAGUGAUCGGUACAAACGUUUGAAAACUGAAAUUGAGAAGCAGUCCAAAAGACUCGAGAGGAAGAGAGACCAAGUCGGGGAGUUCGCGGAACGUGUUAAUAAGCGGAAAAUCGAGAAGCAGGAGGAACGACUGAAAGGCACCAACCGCGAUUUGUCCGUGUUUAAGAUGAAAAGCAUGUUUGCCAUCGGCUUAGCUUUCACCGCAUUGCUCAGCACAUUCAAUAGCAUAUUCGAAGGUCGUAUAGUGGCCAAGCUUCCAUUUACCCCUAUUUCUUGGUUUCAAGGCAUAUCUCACCGCAGUUUGUUGGGAGAAGAUUACACCGACUGUUCUUUCAUAUUCCUUUACAUAUUGUCGACGAUGUCUAUCCGGCAGGUGAAGCGAAGAUCUUUAUUUCUUAUUUUAUUUAGCAGUGUUAACCAGAUUUUACGGCAUAUUGCA